CCCCCCCCACUGGGGCCGUGUGCAACUCGCGCAUAGACUACGGUCGCCCGCUGCCCUCGCGCAUCAUUCGAACAUCGCGCACCGCAGUCUCGGCAUCUACGCCCUGAACUGUAUACGCGUCCGGGAGAUCAUCCCGCAGCGACUUCGACGAACAGGAUAAGUUAAGCGAGCACAAUGCCUUUCAAACCAGCAGAUAACCCUAAGUGCCCUAAGUGUGGCAAAUCAGUAUACGCAGCUGAGGAGAGAGUCGCCGGAGGACUCAAAUGGCACAAAAUGUGCUUCAAGUGCGGCCUGUGCCAGAAGUUGCUGGACUCCACCAACUGCUCAGAACACGAAGGUGAACUGUACUGCAAAGUGUGCCAUGCACGUAAAUUCGGACCAAAAGGCUACGGCUUCGGCGGUGGUGCUGGCUGCCUGUCCAUGGACACUGGUGACCACCUGAAGGCUGAGAAUGCGGGCGUAAGGACUAACGGAGCUUGUCUGGAACCACGUGUUAUCGCCAAGGCGCCCCCCGGGGAAGGUUGUCCCCGAUGCGGUGGCUACGUUUACGCCGCCGAACAGAUGUUAGCUAGAGGACGGGCGUGGCACAAGGAGUGCUUCAAAUGCGGAGACUGCUUAAAACGGCUGGACUCUACUAACUGUUGCGAGGGCCCAGACAAAGACAUUUACUGCAAAGUAUGUUAUGGGAAGAAGUUUGGUCCUAAGGGAUAUGGUUACGGAAAAGGAGCCGGUGUCUUGCAGAGUGACCCUUACGCCAAUGGUGACCAAGCACCAAAGACUACGGUGAUUGAUACCGCUUCCAUUCAGGCGCCACCUGGCAAAGGUUGCCCCAGAUGUGGAGGCGUGGUAUUUGCUGCCGAACAAGUGCUGGCCAAGGGCCGCGAAUGGCAUCGCAAAUGCUUCAAGUGCCGUGACUGCUCCAAAACUUUGGACUCGAUCAUCGCUUGCGACGGACCUGAAUCUGAGGUUUACUGCAAGACCUGCUACGGCAAAAAAUGGGGCCCUCACGGCUACGGAUUCGCUUGCGGCUCCGGUUUCCUGCAGACAGAUGGCUUGACCGAGGAGGAGAUUUCCGCCAGUCGUCCUUAUUACAACCCUGACACUACGUCCAUCAAAGCGCCCAAGGGCCAGGGCUGCCCGCGUUGCGGUGGCAUGGUAUUCGCCGCUGAACAACAACUGGCGAAGGGCACGAUGUGGCACAAGAAAUGUUUCAACUGCGCGGAGUGCCACCGGCCUCUGGACUCGAUGCUGGCAUGCGACGGCCCUGACAAGGAGAUCCACUGCCGCGCCUGCUACGCCAAGCUCUUCGGACCCAGAGGAUUCGGUUACGGCCACGCCCCCACCCUCGUCUCGUGCGACACUGAGCCCGCUAUCACAUACAUGGAGCAGCUACCUUUCACUGGCCAGAAAGCAGCCAAAGGCCAGGGCUGCCCUCGCUGUGGAUUCCCCGUCUACGCAGCUGAACAGAUGCACUCCAAGAAUGGCACAUGGCACAAACGGUGCUUCUCAUGUGCGGAAUGCCAUAGAUCUCUUGAUUCUACCAACUUAAACGACGGACCAAAUGGAGAAAUUUACUGCCGAAGUUGUUAUGGCAGGAAUUUCGGGCCUAAGGGUGUAGGAUUCGGUAUGGGCGCAGGCACAUUGACCAUGGCAUAAUAGACUAUGAAGCUGGUCUUUAUAGGAACCAUUUAGUUAUUAAAGUGGUAGCAUGAAAGGAAUCUAAUCUACUGUGAAUUGCUACCUAGCUUGACGGACUAUCAUACCAUGUAUUAAACUGGUUUUAAUAAUGGUUGAUAACUUAUUUCUAUGAGACUAAUAAAGUAAAUGGUAAUAGAACCUUUGAGGACACAUAUUUUGUUACGAAAGUAUAAAUUAAAGGUUACAUUCCUUUCAUAUGAUAUUGUACAAAUUGGGAUGAAUGUGUCUGUGCCCUUAGUUUACAUAUUCGUUAUAAAAUAUUGUAGUAAAUAAGGUAAUAGACUUAAUGUAGGUAUGUAAGAUGUAUAAAUAAUUUGUUAUACAGCAAGAAAAAAAAACUUAAAAAAUCCUAAAAAAAAUUAACGGCAUUGUGAUUACACAUACCUUAUAAUUAUCACAUUGUGAUAUAAAGGUAUGUGCAAAACAAAAACUAUCCUGUAAACGCGGACAAGAUUGCAAAUAAUUGUAAUCGUUUCGACCGACCAGAUCUUGAUGUAUAAGAUCUGAAGUGUCUAUACAAUAUUUUUAUACACCAAAGAUUUUUGUACAUAAUUUAGUAAUUUACUAAAUGCACAUUUUCUGUGCUACAGUAAAUUCUAACCACUUACGUGUAUUACGCUUUUGGAGCUUUUGCUAUAUAUAUCUAACGAACACAUAUUAUGAGGAUAAUGUAAAGAUUAAAGCAGCUUUUUGCAUAUUAUUAUAUUAAACAAAAUUUGUAUAAGUUAUAAUUUUUAUUAAAUAAAUAUACGACA